AAACCUUACAUGAUUGGACAAAACAGAAAAAGGCGGUGUCAUUUUUUCGGGGAAGAAAUUAACGGAGUAGAAAAAGAUGACUUUUCAAGAAUCGAUAUUUCAUUGAAAAUGAAAAUUUGUUUUAAUUGAAAAUGAACAUGAUCGAUCAUACUAACCAGAAGCGCGCAUGUAAACAAAGGCGGAUCUUUUGGGAUUUGUCCCUAUUUUUCGUUGUUUUGGAUUAAAAUUGCGGGAUGCAUUUUAAAGAGUGGACACUUACUGGUGUUGAGAUGAUAUAGGAUCACGACGAUUCCCUUCAGCGGAAGAGCUGUCUUCUGCUUUGAAUAACGGGUCGACUCUCCUGUUUGUUAAGGAGAAUCGGCCCGUUGUUGCAAUCAGCAGACCUCUAUCUGCUCCUGAAUUCACUGAGCCCUCCGUCCCUGUGUCACAGGAGGAGGCGCUCAGUGAACCGGGCAGUCCGCAUGAGGGAAACACAGUGGAUGCUGAGGUUUCGGUGAGGCCGUUGUCUACAGCAGAGGAAGCCUGUCCAGAGGAGAAGGCCAUGGUCAAGGUUGAAGACACUGAGGAGGAGGCGUCAGAGUCUUCUCCUGAUCAUGUGCUUUCUCCAGUGUCUGGUUCAGGCUCUGUCACCAGCUCUCUUACUGAAGGGAGUUCCUCUGUUGUGGACGACGAGCCUCCACUCAGCAUCCAACCAGUGCUGUCGCUGCCUUGGGUCGGUGAGGUGGUCCCCAUAGAGGACAUGAAGCCACCAGCUCCCACGAAAGGUUUUCCAGUUUGGAAAGACCUAGGGGACACGGUGGACCUUCAUGUCGCUCAUGAGGAGACCACACCACCAUCCUCCACUCAGGCAGCCGACACACAUCAGGGCGAUGCUCUCAGCUCUGUGAUGUCUGAAUUGACACCAGCUGAUCGAGCCGCCGCUCCCCCAUCUCCUGCGUUAUCAACAGCAGAGGAAGCCUGUCCAGAGGAGAAGGCCAUGGUCAAGGUUGAAGACACUGAGGAGGAGGCGUCUUCAUCUGAUCAUGUGCUUUCUCCAGUGUCUGGUUCAGGCUCUGUCACCAGCUCUCUUACUGAAGGGAGUUCCUCUGUUGUUGCCGACUGGAGUGAGGUUGAGCCCCUUAGCAUGGCACCAGUGCUGUCGCUGCCUUGGGUCGGUGAGGUGGUCCCCAGAGACGACAUGAAGCCACCAGCUCCCACGAAAGGUUUUCCAGUUUGGAAAGACCUAGGGGACACGGUGGACCUUCAUGUCGCUCAUGAGGAGACCACACCACCAUCCUCCACUCAGGCAGCCGACACACAUCAGGGCGAUGCUCUCAGCUCUGUGAUGUCUGAAUUGACACCAGCUGAUCGAGCCGCCGCUCCCCCAUCUCCUGCGUUAUCAACAGCAGAGGAAGCCUGUCCAGAGGAGAAGGCCAUGGUCAAGGUUGAAGACACUGAGGAGGAGGCGUCUUCAUCUGAUCAUGUGCUUUCUCCAGUGUCUGGUUCAGGCUCUGUCACCAGCUCUCUUACUGAAGGGAGUUCCUCUGUUGUUGAUGACUGGAGUGGGGUUGAGCCCCUCAGCAUGGAACCAGUGCUGUCUCUGCCGUGGAUCGGUGAGGUGGUCCCCAGAGAUGAAAUGAAGCCACCGGCCACCGUGAAAGAAGGUUUUCCAGAGUGGAAAGACCUCUGGUACACGGUGGACUUCAGUGCAUCUCGUAAGGAGACCACCACACCACCAUCCACAAGUGCAGGCGGCACACAUCAGGAGAACAUCAAGGACCACGAGACUAAAGAUCUCAAGGCAAGGGCGGAGAUUUUAGUCUUUGAUUUGGUCCGUUUCUCCGGAUGUGGUUAUGUUUCUGCAGAAUUCCGAUUCAAGGUAGGGCGAACAUUGGUGGACUUUGCCCUGACCUCUGAGGAGGCAUGUAGUCUCGUGAGGAAGACUUUGGACCGGGAGAUGCUCCGUCUUCGUAAAGAAGAGAGUUCGCCCCAGAAAUUGAUUCACCUUUACAGGUUCAUAAAGAGGUAUCCCAUGAUAUUUGUUGGCAUGAAGUGCCAACUUUCUUCAUGGGUCCUCGAGGAUCUUUAUGAUUCAGACCUCUCUUCAGAGGAUGAAUCUGAUGAGGUUGUACCUGCUGCUGCCCCUGCUCCUGCUGACCCUCCAGCAGUGAUCCUUCCCUCUCCUCCUCCUGCACCUGCACAUGCUCCUGCUGACCCUCCAGCAGUGCUCCUUCCCUCGCCACCUCCUGCUCCUGCUGACCCUCCAGCAGUGAUCCUUCCCUCGCCACCUCCUGCUCCUGCUGACCCUCCAGCAGUGAUCCUUCCCUCGCCACCUCCUGCUCCUGCUGACCCUCCAGCAGGGGUUCCACCCUCCCCUAGUGUGUCUCAACCUUCACCUCCAGAUGGAUCGACUGCUCCGGUUGAGACGCCUCAGCCCCAGACGCCUCCAUCCUCUCAGCAAACCAGUGCAGACAAGGUGGAGGAUAAGAAGGUGGAGACUAGUUUACCAUCUCCACCUUCACCUCCUGAUGGGUCAACCGCUCCGGUUGCACCUCCUCAGCCCCAAACGCCUCCAUCCUCUCAGCAAACUAGUGCAGAUGAGGUGGAGGAUAUGGAGGUGGAGACUAGUUUACCAGCUCCACCUUCACCUCCGGAUGGGUCAACCGCUCCGGUUGCACCUCCUCAGCCCCAAACGCCUCCAUCCUCUCAGCAAAAUAAAGCUGAUGAGGUGGAGGACAUGGAGGUGGAGGCUAGAUUUCCAGCUCCACCUUCACCUCCUGAUGGGUCAACCGUUCAGGUUGCGUCUCCGCAGACGCCUCCUCAGCCCCAAACGCCUCCUCAGCCGUCUUCGUCCUCUCAGCAAACUAGUGCAGAUGAGGUGGAGGACAUGGAGGUGGAGGCUAGUUUACCAGCUCUACCUUCACCUCCAGAUGGCUCAACCGUUCAGGUUGCGUCUCCGCAGACGCCUCCUCAGCCCCAAACGCCUCCUCAGCCCCAAACGCCUCCUCAGCCACAGCCGUCUUUGUCCUCUCAGCAAACUAGUGCAGACAAGGUGGAGGACAUGGAGGUGGAGACUAGUUUACCAUCUCUACCUCCAUCUCCAGAUGGGUCAACCGCUCCGGUUGCAUCUCCUCAGCCACAGACGCCUCCUCAGCCCCAAAUGCCUCCAUCCUCUCAGCAAACUAGUGCAGAUGAGGUGGAGGAUAUGGAGGUGGAGACUAGUUUACCAUCUCCACCUCCACCUCCAGAUGGGUCAACCGCUCCGGUUGCACCUCCUCAGCCCCAGCCGUCUUCGUCCUAUCAGCAAAGUAAUGAGAUGGAGCUGACAUCAAUAAUGGCCAGACUCUGUCUCACAGAAACUGAUAUUAAAGCUCAACCUUCACCUCCGGAUGGGUCAACCGCUCCGGUUGCGUCUCCGCAGACGCCUCCUCAGCCCCAAACGCCUCCUCAGCCCCAAACGCCUCCUCAGCCCCAAACGCCUCCUCAGCCCCAAACGCCACCUCAGCCCCAGACGCCUCCUCAGCCCCAGACGCCUCCUCAGCCCCAAACGCCUCCUCAGCCCCAAACGCCUCCUCAGCCCCAAACGCCUCCUCAGCCCCAAACGCCUCCUCAGCCCCAAACGCCUCCUCAGCCCCAAACGCCUCCUCAGCCCCAGACGUCUUCAUCCUCUCAGCAAAGUAAUGAGAUGGAGCUGACGUCAAUUAUGGCCAGACUCUGGCUCACAGAAACUGAUAUUAAAGCUCAACAUUCAUCUCCUCACGGGCUGUUGGCGGAGGUCACGCCACCUCAGGCCAUACUUUCACCUCCUCACAGACAAGCGCCUCCUCCCGCCUCAUCUCCACAGUGUCGCGCUUUUAAGCGUCCGCCUCCUCCGUCACAGGAUGAGAUGAAGCCGACGCCAAAGACGGACAGUCGGAAUAGGCUGUCGGCUGAGGUCACGCCGCCUCCGGCCCAGACACCAUCGUCUGCUCAGCAAAAUAAAGCAGACACUGCCGUGGCCGACUGUUCUUCAGUUUCUCAACCUUCAACUAAUAACAGUCGGCCAAUCCGGCAAGUGUCUCCUCCCGCCUCUCCUCGUAAGCGUCCGGCUCCUAAGCGUCCGGCGUCUUUACAGGAUGAUCCGGAUGAGAUGGAGCCGACGCCAAAGAGGCCCAGGCUGUGCAAUACCGAUAUUAAAGCUCAACAUUCAUCUCCUCACGGGCUGUUGACUGAUGUCACGCCACCUCAGGCCCAACUUUCACCUCCUCACAGACAAGCGCCUCCUCCCGCCUCACCUCCUCAGCGUCGUGCUGUCAAGCGUCCGGCGUCUUCACAGGAUGAUCCGGAUGAGAUGGAGCCGACGCCGAAGAGGGAGAGGCUAAAUGGGCUGUCGACUGAGGUCACGCCUCCUCCGGCCCAGACGCCAUCAUCCUCUCAGCAAAAUAAAGCAGACGCUGGGGAGGUCGAGUGCUCUUCUGUGUCUCAACUUUCACCUCCUCAGAGACAUAUGCCUCCUCCCGCCUCUUGUCGCCGUCUUUGGCGUCCGGCUCCGUCUUCACAGGAUGAGAUGGAGCCGACGCCAAAGAGGGCCAAACUUAACAGGCUGUCGGCUGGUGUCACGCCUCCUCCGGCCCAGACGCCCUCAUCCGCUCAGCAAAAUAAAGCAGACACUGCCGUGGCCGACUGUUCUUCAGUUUCUCAACCUUCAACUAAUAACAGUCGGCCAAUCCGGCAAGUGUCUCCUCCCGCCUCUCUUCCUAAACGUCGUGCUCUUAAGCGUCCCGCUCCAUCCACUUCACAGGAAGCAUCUGAAGGCAUGGUAUCAGACGCCAAGAGACCCAGACUUGAUGGGUUACUUUAAAAAAAAAAAAGAAGAAGAAGAAGAAGAGACCCAACUUCACCUCCUCAAACCCCACCCCUAUGAGCAGAAAAUAAAUAAAAAUAUUUUGAUAUUAAACAGAGUAGAGUAGUGGAAAAAAACAAAAAUGAGAAAGAUUGUUUGUGACGCAUUCAUUAUGUUCAUUUAUUGUGUCAAACUUAAAUGUAAUGCGAUUAUCAGCCGCAUCAAAUGAAAAGAGGAAAAAUCAUGAUCAGGUUUUACCAACAUUUCCAUCAUCCACUAGAAAGCACUUACAGCCAAACUUACUGUAAACCUAAUAAGACAAAGAACCAAGUUAGGUUGAAAUCACUGAGAGAGAAAGUUAACUUAGUCUAAAGUUUCUCUGUUCUCCUUUAACUCCUUUAGUAACACUAAACAGACAGAUCACAGAUGAGUUCAAACAGUUAACUAACUUAAAAUCAAUUCAAGGUCUUUACAUCUUCUAACAAUCUGAUUACGAGGUUAAAAGAUCAAAAAGGUUUUCAAACGUCUCUCUACAGCUUAUGACGUAUAAUAUAUGAGAGAUUUCUGACUGCAGCAAUAACUUAUAAAAAAACACUUAUUUUUAUUAUCAUAAGAAAACAUUGAAGUUUAUUGGUUAUGACGUGGACGACUAAUGAAAACAUAAAUCAUUUCUGAAGAGUUUGUUUUGAAUAAAUACAGUAAAUCAUCUUUUAUUUAAAAUCUAAAGGUGAAAACAUCUGUUAAGAGAGAUCUGUAUACGAGCUGUUAACUGUUAAUGUUUGUAUAUAGCACAUGAUUCACAUUGUUUUCUUUAUCACACUGCAUUCAGGGAUCUUGAUGGCCACAUAAAGGAGGUGACCUAUAAAGCAGCACAACAUUUUAUUCAUCUGUUUCAGAGGUAAGUUAUUUUAUUACAAAUGUUACUUUAUAAAGUCACUGUUUUAUUAAAGUCAUUUAAAAUGAUAAAUAUCCAGUGAUGCUCUGAAUGAACUGAGAUUUAUUGAACACACAGUGUUUCUGUUCAUCUCAUGUUAUUCUUGAGUAUUUAUAGAGUAAUAUUUCAUCCCGAAGAGUCUUUAGUUUGAUCAGAUUUAUAAAAGAGAGAUCAGCUUUAACUCUGGAGGUGAACCGCGGGAGGAGUGAGUCAAGAACAAGCAACACACACAAAACAUUAUCUCACUAUCUCUUGAUAACUUAUAAUUCACUACAUGUUCAUAUCAAUGAUUAAUUCAUGAAUUCAGCUUUAAACAAACACACACACACACACACAACUUCACUGUUACUCUGUUUCAGGGUUUAUUUUAGUUAAUGAUAUUUAUCUUCAGAGGACGUCUGCGCAUGCGUGCACUUAUGAUGAGCGUUCAGCAGUGCUAUAUUAUAAUGUUAAAGCACUUUUAUUACAUUUACAGAUGCAAAUAUUAAUUGCUGUCUAUCUCUGUCUGUUUUCUUUUUGAAAAUAAAAUAUUUUUUAAUAAAA